AUGAUGAGCUUUCGAAUACUCAGCAGUCAAUUGCAUCAAUUGGCGAUACGGGCGUCGAGCCCUCUCGUUCGCAAUGCCGCGGUCAGAUCAUUCUCCGUGACAUCCCCGUGCUUUCAGUCCAGCACAGCCACUUCUUCGAGCCGGACUCUGUUGAAGGAAAACUUUUCCGAAAUGACCAAUGAAGAAUUGAUGGAGACCAGCACGAUUCCGGGGUGGGAUUUGAUUCACUCGCCUCCCGGCAAAAUGCCGCGAGGAGCUCUGGUGGGCACGGUGGUUUCCACCAAGAUGCAAAAGACGGUCAAUGUUGCCGUGGAUCGCUAUCGGAUGGUUCCCAAAAUUCGAAAACGAGUCAAAUAUACUCGCAAAUUCAUGGCACACGACGAGAAUGAAGUGGCCAAUCUGGGAGAUAUCGUCAUGAUCACACCGUGUCAUCGAAUCUCCAAAAUGAAACAUUUUCUACUGAGAACCAUUGUACGGCCAAAGGGGCAGCUGUAG